AUGGUCGAGCGGCUCGACUGGUCGCCGCCGCCAAACACGGCCGAGCACAGCGCGCACGGCGCCGGCUGCUCCUGCUCGCCGCAGUCAUGCUUGCAGCUCCAGCUGCUCCGGAUGAGCAAGGCCUCCCGUCCCGUCACCCCCCGCCAUGAGCCUUCGCAGGCCAUCUGCGAGAAGGAGGCUGGCGCCCUCUCCUACCACCGGCUCCUCCUCCUCCUGACGCUCGCAGAGAGCGAGAGCGACGCGACGACGGCGGGCGGCGACGCGGAGGAGAGAGGGGUGAGGUGUGGCCGUGCGACUGAACCCGCCGCUUCUGAGUGGCAGGCGGCGGGUAGCGACUCGGAAGAGGAGGAGGUCGAGGGCGGGGUCGAGCGCGCCGUCGGCUCCGGCGGCAGCGACGGCGAUUGCGAGCGGGCUGUCGACGGGAGCGGCCAAGGAGAGGAGGCGGCAGACGCGGAGGAGGAGGCGCAGGCGCAGGCGCAGGCGAGGCGGUGCCUGCUCCACAUGCUGCUCUCGCUGCUACUGCAGCAGCCGCCGACCUCCCUCUACCUCCUCGGGCUCGCCUCGUGCGUGCACAAGUGGGUGCAGGCCUCGGCGCCCGCAGAGCAGCGGCUCGUCGCGUCGCACCCCGGGUUCGUCCGUUUCGCGUCGCCGCUGCGCGGCAUGCGCGCCCUCGCUUCGCUCGGCCUCGCACCGCCGGAGCCCGUUGCCGCGGCCGCCGCCGGCAUGACACCCAAGCUGUCGGCGCUGAGGCGCCACGGGCCUCUCGCGGACGCCGCGCGGGGCAGCCUCGCCCAGGUGGUGACGCGGCGGCGCGUCGAGCUCGCGCGAGCGCUAGUGGCCGCGGCGAGCGACGGCGACCUGUCCGUCGAGACAAUGUGCGUCAUCAACGCCGCCAUCCUCUUCUUCCUCCUCGCCGACCUCGACGGGCGCGGCGAGCGGGGCGGCGAUGGGCGGUGCGGCCGCGUGUCUCUCCUAGACGCCGUCUGCGAGGCGUCGGGCGUGGGCGCGAGCGCCGGGGAGGAAGCGUCGGAGGACGUCCCCGCCCUGUCGGAGGAGGCGCGCUCUCUGCUCGAGGGCUUCGGACGGCUGCUCCGGUUCUGGGGGGAGGUGUACCACUCGCACUCGUGCGAGCGGCGGUUCCUCGAGUUCUCGAGCGGUGUGCCCUUCCCCCGCUGGCUCGCGCUGGUCGCGGCCCUCCGCGAGGACAUCCGCCACCGGCUCAGUGGCGGCGGCGGUGGCGACCCCGCGAGCCGGCCGGCCGCGGCUGCUCCCGCCGACUCGACUGCUCCUCGCAACCAGUGCGUGGGCGGGGAGGAGUGCGAAUGCGCUCUCGGCCCGAAGUUUGGGCGGAUGGGCAUCUGCGUGGAGUAG